AUGACAGACGAGCUGUCUGGACAAGCACCUCCACCACCGCCAUUGGACGCGAGCACCGUGUUUGCCAACAAGAUUACUUCGGGCAUCGAUCACGGCGCCGUCAAGGACAUGCUACGGCAGCAGCGGCUAAUACUCGGUCGCUUUGAGCGGACGAACGCGCGGCUGUCCCGCUUCAACGAGCAUCUGGACAGCGUGCUUGGAGCUCACACUGCUCGGUUCAAGUCAUACACACACCAGCUGGUGGACGCCAAGAAAGACCUCGAGUCCAUCUUUCGUCGCAUUCGUGCAUUGCGGGCCAAGCUCACUCAGCAGUAUCCCGAGGCCUUCUUUGGGCUGGAGAUGCCCGGCAACAUUUCAGAUGACGACGAUGAUGAUUAUGGCGACGAGGACGAAGAGCACGACCCAAGGUCGAAGACAGCUGCACGACCACAACACCCAGUCGAGCAGGAAUCAGCCGCGACCGAGUCAAGCGAGGUGGCCGCUCCAGCCGAUGAUGGUGCUGCGCCUGAUUCGGCGUGA